AUGGAGAACUACAGGGAUCGCCUUGAAAAAUGCGCAGCCUGGGAGGAAGUGUUUGCCACUGUUCAUGAAGGAUAUAGCGAAAUGAGCCCUGAAAAUAAACGACUAGCAGGUGAAAAAAUACUAUGCAAGUGGACAAACAUACGGGACACGUUCGUAAAGUCGCUUAAAACAAGAAUGGGCCGUCCGAAGAAAAAGUACAUUUACUAUGACCACUUGAAGUUCCUCCUCAAGCUGACGGGCGAGAAGGGUGUUACCGACUACAACGAUGAUUCUACUGAUAUGAAGAUUGAUGAACAGCCAAGAAAGACGAAAAGACGACGUACUGAGUACAAUACUGAUUCAUCCGACCACGAAUACCAAGCGAACAGCGAAGAUUACCAAAACGAUAAUGACGUUGGUAUCGAGAGCGUUGUGGUGGAAUCGAAUGAUCCGAGAAUCAUGAAUGAAGAUGAGGCGUUCUUCGCGUCGCUGCUACCAACUGUCGUUAAAUACUCUGAGGACGAAAGGUUAGAGUUUAGGAUUGAAGUGUUAGCGGUCAUGAAAAGGAUAAGGGAGCAGCGGCAAGCGUGGAGCAAUGUUUAA